AUGCAAUUCGCUGUCGUCGCCUUAUUAUUCGCUGCCGUUACCAAAGCUGCUAACGAAACCACUGUUACUGACUUAUCAUCAACUUUAGUCACUAUCACCUCAUGUGGUCCAGAAGUCACUGACUGUCCAGCUAAAAACGAAACCUCAAACGUUUCUACCUGGGAAGGUGCUGCUAACAAACAAUACGCUGUUGGUGCUGCUGCUUUAGCUGCUGGUGCUUUAUUAGCUUUAUAA